AUGGGAGGUUUCUACAUGCAGUACCUGGAGAGUCUUUGCCGUCGACGAGGAUGGACGGACCCUUCCUACGAAUGCUACCAUCACAAUAAUGGCUUCACAUGCCUUGUGCUCGUCAAUGGCCGAGAGUAUCAGACGGAUCUCGUCUAUGAAUCGGAUCUUCUGGCGCAGGAGAAUGCGGCAAUGCGUGCAUUUAUGGUUUGCCGCAACUUUUCUGUCAACGGCGGCAUGCUGGCUCGCAAUGGCAUUGUCCAGGGCCUGCCCGCUGCUGAUGGAAAGCGGCGACACAAGACCCGCCAUGCUUCAUCAAGGGACAGCACUGAGCGACACAGCAGACGAUCUGGUCACCACUCCAGCAGCAGCUCCACUGCCUCGUUUGACUGA